GCCGCUCAGCCUGGCGCCCGCGCCCCGCGCCCGCAGCCCGCCCAGGCGGAGUCAGCCCGCGCUCCGCCCGCCGCGCUUCGGGCUCGGAGGUCCGGACUCCAGGCUCGCCGCCUGCCGGGCAGGCUCCGCGCCCCGCACUCCCGCGCCCCGCGUCCCCGCGGGUGGAGCGCACCAUGCCGCAGCUGGACUCGGGCGGGGGCGGCGCGAGCGGGGGCGACGACCUCGGCGCGCCUGACGAGCUGCUGGCCUUCCAGGACGAGGGCGAGGAGCAGGACGACAAGAGCCGCGACAGCGCCGCGGGCCCCGAGCGCGACCUGGCCGAGCUCAAGUCGUCGCUGGUCAAUGAGUCCGAAGGCGCAGCGGGCGGCGCGGGGGUCCCGGGGACCGGUCCCGGGGCCCACGGCGAGGCGGAGGUCGGGGCGGAGGCUCUCGGGAGGGAACACACUUCGCAGAGACUUUUCCCCGACAAACUUCCAGAGUCUCUGGAAGACGGCCUGAAGGCCCCGGAGUGCGCCAGCGGCAUGUACAAAGACACCGUCUACUCCGCCUUCAAUCUGCUCAUGCACUACCCACCCCCCUCGGGAGCAGGGCAGCACCCCCAGCCGCAGCCCCCGCUGCACAACAAGGCCAGUCAGCCAGCCCACAGCGUCCCACAGCUCUCUCCUCUCUAUGAACAUUUCAGCAGCCCACACCCUACACCUGCACCAGCCGACAUCAGCCAGAAGCAAGGAGUUCACAGGCCUCUGCAGACCGCUGACCUCUCUGGCUUCUACUCUCUGACCUCAGGCAGCAUGGGACAGCUUCCCCACACUGUGAGCUGGCCCAGCCCUCCUCUCUACCCCCUGUCCCCUUCCUGCGGAUAUAGACAGCACUUCCCUGCCCCCACUUCAGCCCCUGGCGCCCCCUACCCCAGGUUCACCCACCCAUCCCUGAUGCUAGGCUCCGGUGUCCCUGGUCACCCUGCGGCCAUCCCGCACCCAGCUAUUGUACCUCCCUCAGGGAAGCAGGAGCUGCAGCCAUAUGACCGGAGCCUGAAGACACAGGCAGAAUCCAAGGCAGAGAAGGAGGCCAAGAAGCCAACCAUCAAGAAGCCACUCAACGCCUUCAUGCUGUACAUGAAGGAGAUGAGAGCCAAGGUCAUUGCAGAGUGUACACUCAAGGAGAGCGCUGCCAUCAACCAGAUCCUGGGCCGCAGGUGGCACGCGCUGUCUCGGGAAGAGCAGGCCAAGUACUACGAGCUGGCCCGAAAAGAGAGGCAGCUGCACAUGCAGCUGUACCCAGGCUGGUCGGCGCGGGACAACUACGGGAAGAAAAAGAGGCGGUCACGAGAAAAGCACCAGGAGUCCAACACAGACCCUGGCUCGCCUAAGAAAUGUCGUGCUCGCUUUGGCCUCAACCAGCAGACGGAUUGGUGUGGUCCGUGCAGGAGGAAAAAGAAAUGCAUUCGGUACUUACCCGGAGAAGGCCGCUGCCCCAGCCCAGUUCCUUCCGAUGACAGUGCUCUAGGCUGCCCCGGGUCCCCCGCCCCCCAGGACUCGCCCUCAUACCUCCUGCUACCCCACUUCCCCACAGAACUGCUUGCUAGCCCUGCGGAGCCGGCGCCUACAUCACCAGGUCUCUCGGCCUCUCUCAGCCUCCCAGUCCCCUGGACCCCCACAGGCCCCCCACAGCGUCCUGCAGAGUACACAGCUGCAACGACAGGCACCUCAGAGACAGGCAGCCCAGCGUGUACAGGACACCUGGCCUCCUCCAGGGGCUCGUCCUCUGAGAGGAAGCGACAGAGCCCCAAAGCACGUGGAAACUGGCCAGGGGCCCUGUUACCUCCCUCUCAGGGACAGGGCCCAGGAGACUUCCGAGGCUGCACAACUUCUGCCUGAACCUGGGGCCAUCAAUUCAAACUACGCCAAAUGGUGGGAACCAGAUCUGCAGUGUGUCUUCUGAUUAACGGCUAACUGCAUCCCUUGUGCCUACAGCAGCCUGCAUCUAUUCCUUUUACCAUCUGUCUUGCUGGCCAGAUGCCCCUGCCACCCCCCCCUCGCUUUUCUGCUAUAGGUCGCAAACAGGCUGGACUGAGCCCAGCUGCUUUCCCCACCCUACACCUCCUGGGCCUCACCACUGCCACGCCCUCCCCAUACCACACACUUCAAGGACCAAGAAUGAGCUGGUUUACGAAACCACACGUGAGCAUGGUCACAACCACAUGCUUAAGACAGUGCUUCUCUCAAAAGAGCCUGGAGAAGCUCUGUUGACAGAAAAGCAGUUAAUCGUAAGCUGGACCAGAGUAAGCCUUUCGCCACGUCCUCAAGAGCUCACAAGCUGAGGAGGGAACGGAACAGGUUAAGUUUAGGCCUAUCACCACAGGCAGUAGGAAAAACCUGACACUACCUUAUCAGGCAAGUAUGCGCAGUGAGAGGUAUCUGGCUCUAGUUCAUAUUACUUGGCUGUGUUUCCAAGAGAAACUCAACCUCCCAAGCAGCUCUGAUACCAAGGUCCCAUGCCUGUCACUGGUGAAUGAACUCCCAAGAAAUUAUGGUCCCAGCUCCAGCAUGCAUCCCUCCCUCCCUCCACCAAGAGCCUCUGUCACAGCUCCAUCUCCUGCUUGUCCAUGUCAGUCUACGCGGCUCUUGGGCAGUUUUAAGAGAGGCCGAACCGAACCUCAUGACAACCGAUGCCCACCUUCCAGCACGACACCGCUUCAGCUUCAGCUUCCCUAAGGGGGUGUAGGAAGGAGGACCUUCGGCAUCCAAGUAAGGAGCCCAGAGAACCUCUAGUGGCGGUCAGUGGGUUUUCACCACAGCCUCCUUUAACCCAUUUCUGAGCCAAGCUUCAACCCUGAGCCUUAAAAAACAAACUUUUAAUUUAACUCCCCCACCCUCACUGUAUAUAGCCUGAACCCAAAGAAAAAGGGCUGUUCUUAUACCCACACACCCCUCAACAAAAGCCUUUAGUUCCUCUACUUUAGCCACUGGCAUCUCAGAAUCCAAAGAUCAUAUAUUCUAGUGUAGUGCUGCAAGAAGUUUUGAGAGAAAGAAAAGGACUAUUGUAGUGUUCAAAAUAUUUUUGUAUUGUUAAUGCAUCAUCAAAACUUUUUUUUAACAUGAGAAUAAAGAUACUUUUUACUGGGUU